UACUACGCCGUACAUAGUACCUAGCUCUGGGGAAAAUAAGAAUAAAGUUAUUUGAAUAAGCCACGCUAUAUUGAAUCUUAAACUAUAUUAUUAACCUCUUAUUAACCUCAAACCCUAACUCUCUCUUCUCCAACUUAGAAAAGGGGUUCAGAAGGCUUGGGGUUUCUGGGGGAAACACUCUCUCUCCAUUUCAUACAGCACGGACAAGCACGGUAUCCGCAGAAAAGAAAACGGCAUAAAUAACUGGCAAUAUGGGCUCGCUCUACGAGAAAAGCGACGAUUACGUGCUCCCCGAGGCAACGGCCCCUUCACUUGUCCUCGCGCAUCCUACCGAUGAUGAGAAGCGUCAAACCUGGACCUUGAAUCACAAGGAAUGGGGUGGUGGCCUGAGCUUGCAGGAAUACCUCGACCGUGAGAAUUUCCUGACGACGAUUCCCUUAUCCGGCCACGGUGGCAUGUCAUACUGGGUCUUGACAGAUUCCUCAUGGGUACCUGCGAACGAGAAGGAAACCCGACCCGUUCUUGCAUCCUGCGAGUCAAUCCGCAAGCGCGUCUUAGUCGCGUCUCCAGGCGAUACCGAGGCGCGUAGCGGCAUAGGUCAUGGCGUCGGCUCCGUCUUCACCUACCCAAAGCACCGAGGCUACCGUUACGCGGGCCGCAUGCUAAACGAGCUCGGGCCAGUUCUUCGAUCAUGGCAAAGCAAGGAGCCAGACAACCGAGACGUCGUGUGCUCAGCGCUGUGGUCGGACAUUGGUAAGACUUACUACGCCAAGAAGGGGUGGGCCGCCUUUCCAAGCUCACACGUCGAAUUCCCUAUCCCACCAGCCGACCAAAUGCGAGGGGGUGGAGAAGCCGACGAAAAAAUAACACCAAUCACAUACGAUAACCUGGAACAGCUAUGCAAAGACGAUGAAAAACUCGUAUGUGCGCAAGUAGUGCGCACGGCACGCAAGACGGGUCGGACGACCAUCGCCUUCGCGCCAGACCACGACACCCUGCGGUGGCAUCUGUAUAGGGACGAAUUCAUCGCUUCCAGGCUCCUUAAAAAAUCGCCUGCGCCGACACCGGACGGGAAGCUAAUCCCCACGAUCAAGGGCGCCAUCGCCGGGACCAAAAACGGCCGGCGCGUCUGGGCCCUCUGGUCCCGGAACUACUCCGGCGCCAGCGGCGCCCCCGCCGACACCGUCGACAAGAACACGCUGUACAUCCUCCGCCUCGUCAUCGAGCCCGAAGCAACCGGAUCCGACAGCGAUGACGCCGAGAAAAUCUCCCACGAAGACGAUAUCCUCGCCGCCUUCACGGCCGUCAUGCACACGGCGCAGCGCGAGGCCGCCGCCUGGCACCUCGGCAAGAUCGACCUGUGGAACCCGUCGCCCGCGGUCGCGAAGCUGAUCGAAAGCUGCGGGCUCACGCACCGCUGGGUCCAUAGGGAUGUUGACAGCAUCCCGAGCAUGAUGUGGUAUGGUGGUGGUGGUGGUGGUGGUGAUAAGGAGAAGAAGGAGGAUGGUCAGGAUAUUGAGUGGGUCGCUAAUGAGAAGUAUUGCUGGUGCUGAGCGGAGCAAAGUACUUUGAGUGACCUGGUUACCUAUAUCGUUAUACGCGAGAAGGGGAGAGGGAGAAAAGAAGGGGGGGGAGCAUUGGAUGUUUACCGUAUAGCGAUCAUUGUUGUAUACCUAUAUACCUGAUACCUACCUACCUACCUACCUACUCAGUCUGUUUGCAUUAUCCCCAGGCCUACAUUGCGUUGCUCGAGUUGGCACACGGGAAGAUAGGUGGGGUAGGUAAGCAAGCAACAACUGGCUGACUGGCUGUUUGCCCUCGUCUUCUGACGUACCUAGGUAACCUCGCACCUAUAAUCUAGGCGCUCACCCUAGGUAGGUAGGUAGUUUAGAUAGCUCCACAGAAAGAAC